AACAGAGAGAGAGAGAGACAGAGAGAGAGAGAAACAGAGAGAGAGAAACAGAGAGAGAGAGAAACAGAGAGAGAGAGAGAGAGAGAAACAGAGAGAGAGAAACAGAGAGAGAGUGAGGAGAGAGAGAGAGAGAAGGAAAGAUAUAUAUACAGAAAGAGACAGAGAGAGAGAGAGAGAGAGAGAGAGAGAGAGAGAGAGAAGGAAAGAUAUAUAUACAGAAAGAGACAGAGAGAGAGAAGGAAAGAUAUAUAUACAGAAAGAGACAGAGAGAGAGAGAGAGAGAGAGAGAGAGAGAGAGAGAAGGAAAGAUAUAUAUACAGAAAGAGACAGAGAGAGAGAGAGAGAGAGAGAGAGAGAGAGAGAGAGAAGGAAAGAUAUAUAUACAGAAAGAGACAGAGAGAGUGGCUAUUAUUUACUCUAUACCUCCAUAAUUAUUCUAAUGAUGUCAGACUGUACCUGGGGCAUAAUAUCUCUGACUUUAACCUCUCUGCUUCUCUUCAUCUCUGUGUGUCUCAAUCUCACCUGCUAUCUGAGACACGGGGACACGAGACACAAAGCAGGCAAUGAGGAGUUUCACCACCAACAGCAUUAUCCAAGAGAGUGUUUAAUGCAGGAGAACGUGGAGGAAGAGGAGAAUCAGCAGCAGGAGAAUCCCAUCUACGGAAACAUCACUGCAGACCUGUGCUAUGAACCCAUGACCAAGCAACGUUCCAGAGACGACAGAAAGCCUGCGCCCCAGCCCUACCAACCCGACCUGAACUAUGCUUCUCUGGACCUGAACGUGGGACAGAUACGCAAGAAGAGGAAACGUCGCUACCAUCAGGCCCAGGUUCAGGCCCAGACCGUGCCCGAGACCCAGAUGGGUGGGGGUUUCCUGGAAAUAGAUGCAGAGAUGGAGGCCUCCCUCCCCUCACGGAGUAGCAGCCCUCUGGCUUCCAGAAACAGCAUCUACCUCAACAGUCUACAGAUGGCACUAGAGACAGAGGAGAGGGAAUAAAAGGGAGCCAAGGAGAGGGGGAGGGAGAUGGAGGAGGAUAGAGAGUGGGAUGGAGACAGGAAGUGGGAGAGGGGGAGGGAGAUGGAGGAGGAUAGAGAGUGGGAUGGAGACAGGAAGUGGGAGAAGGGGAGGGAGAUGGAGGAGGAUAGAGAGUGGGAUGGAGACAGGAAGUGGGGAGAGGGGGAAGGAGAUGGAGGAGGAUAGAGAGUGGGAUGGAGACAGGAAGUGGGAGAAGGGGAGGGAGAUGGAGGAGGAUAGAGAGUGGGGUGGAGACAGGAAGCGGGGAGAGGGGGAAGGAGAUGGAGGAGGAUAGAGAGUGGGAUGGAGACAGGAAGUGGGAGAGGGGGAGGGAGAUGGAGGAGGAUAGAGAGUGGGGUGGAGACAGGAAGCGGGGAGAGGGGGAAGGAGAUGGAGGAGGAUAGAGAGUGGGGUGGAGACAGGAAAUGGGGAGAGGGGGAAGGAGAUGGGGGAGGAUAGAGAGUGGGAUGGAGACAGGAAGUGGGAGAGGGGGAGGGAGAUGGAAGAGGAUAGAGAGUGGGAUGGAGACAGGAAGUGGGAGAGGGGGAGAAAGAUACAGUAGGUUAUGAUGGAAGGAUGGAGACAGGAAGUGGGGAGAGGGGGAGAAAGAUACAGUAGGUUAUGAUGUAGGGAUGGAGAUAGAGCUGGAGAUGUAGGGUAUGACACAUGAGCUGUUCCUAGGGUCUGCUGACCUGUAACUGGGGUGACUGGAGUUAGAGGUCAGGGAGGAAGAACAACGGUUCUAAAUGUGAACUCAAUUAGGCAGAGAGAGCGAGAAAGAGAGGGAGAGAGACAAAGAGAAUGAGAGAGAGAGAGGACUGGUGUUCUUUUAAAUAUAUUUUUUAUUUAACCUUUAUUUAACUAGGCAAGUACAGGUACAGAGACAUCGUACUGACCUACUUUAACCUCUAGUCAAUAUGUUAGAAUCAGACUUUAUAGAGAAAGGGGCUCCCACUGCAUAAACUGCAUAUAUGUAUAUAUUAUUAUUAUUACUAUAUAUUUUUAUUAUUACUAGUAUUCGUAUAUACAGUAUACAAUGCAGUCGGAAAGUAUUCAGACCACUUGACUUUUUCCACAUUUUGUUACGUUACAGCCUUAUUCUAAAAUGUUUUUUUUUUAUCCCUUCAUCAAUCUACAAACAAUACCCCAUAAUCACAAAGCAAGUACUGGUUUUUAUGAUUUUUUUUAACAGAUGUAUAAAAAAUAAAAAUCUUAAAAUCACA